UUUCCUCCCUCCGGUAGCGCUAGUAAGACCAACCGUCAAACUCACACAGACAUGGCUGACCAACUAACAGAAGAGCAGAUUGCUGAAUUCAAGGAGGCCUUCUCUCUGUUUGAUAAAGACGGAGACGGUACCAUCACCACCAAAGAGCUGGGCACCGUCAUGAGGUCACUAGGUCAAAACCCAACUGAGGCUGAACUCCAGGACAUGAUAAACGAGGUGGACGCUGAUGGCAACGGUACCAUUGACUUCCCAGAGUUCCUUACAAUGAUGGCAAGGAAGAUGAAGGACACGGACAGUGAGGAGGAGAUCAGGGAGGCGUUCAGAGUCUUCGAUAAGGACGGUAAUGGAUACAUUAGCGCUGCGGAGCUGCGUCAUGUGAUGACUAACCUCGGAGAGAAGCUGACGGAUGAGGAAGUAGACGAGAUGAUCAGAGAAGCAGACAUUGAUGGAGAUGGACAGGUCAACUAUGAAGAGUUUGUUCAGAUGAUGCAUGCAAAAUUUUCAACCCCGGUUCGAAUCCGGGUCACGGCACCAAUGUAA